UGCUUAGGCAGCCAAGAUUGGAACCAUGUAACCCAUGAACGCACAGCUGAUUGGGCUACAGUGGACACCUGAUCUAAGAGCAGCCAGUCCCUUGGCUGGUCAAGUCCUGGGAGCUGACCUGAAACACAGGGAAUAGAACUGAAAAAAAUAAGGAUGCCAUGAAUUCAAAAUAGGGCCCUUAAGAGUGGGAAAGACAGAAGUGAAAAAGCCAGUCAUUAGGUACAGGAGGAAAGGGUGUGGAAGGUUCUAGUUCCAGCCAAUUCUGGGUAUCUUCAAAACAUGGCCCUCAAUUUCUUCAUGGCUCCAGGAUACACUGACCUAUUAUGUUGGUGUUCUCUGAAGAUUCAAGUAUUAGAGUACCCUCCCCUAGAGUCUCCAUAAACAGAAAAUGCUGGGUUGGGCUGGAACCUGAGGGUGGGUAAAGUGAUGUGGCCCUGGUCCUUUACUGGUCAAUGAACUCCCUGGUGACUGCUAGGCACAACAGUACACAAACAUAGAGCCAGGUGGCAGAUGCUGGCAUGCAGCCAACCUCUAGGCUGGAGGGUUUCCAUAGUUGUGGAGAUUAACGAAAAAGGUGCUUUCCAGGACUAAAAAAAAAAAUACCAGACAGUGUUGAACAGGUGAGUGUUCACUUUAAUGGAAUUUUUGAGCCAGAGUUUCAUUAUGGUACAUAUCUAGUAACCCUCCUGCAUCAGCCUCAGAGUAGUAGGAAUUAUAGGAGUAUUCCUGCUUGCAUGCUCUUGAGUGGUAUCUUAAAGAUGGCAGCCCCACAGUCCAACCAAACAGGACAUAGCCGGGUGCAUGCCUAUAAUCCCAGCACUCACAGGAUGAGGUAGGAGGAUCGCUGUGAGUCCAAGGCCAGCCUGGGCUACAAAGUGAGUUCAAAGCCAACCUGAACUGCAUAACAAGACUCUGUCCAGUAGCAGACACAGCCCUAGCUCUGUGAGUUGAAUUCCCCAUGCUGGGAUGCUGUGUGUCCACCCAGAGGAGGUCUGGCACACAGAACUUGGCGUGUCCAGUCCCCAACACACUCCCAGGUCAUCUCUGGCUAGAAGCAUCUGAUGACAGAGUCCCUCACUGUUCUGGUACACUGGGAUGCACUGGCCCCUGAUCCAGCACAGUGACCUUGCAGGAGGUAAGGUCUGCUGCAGGAUGCCACUGAGAUCGGAGGAUGUUGGCCAUCAGCCCCAGGAAGCAGCAUCCUUCAGCCAAGUGGACUCUGCUUCUCAGGUCAGAGCUGGAGAAGCAUUCGGUAUGCAACUAAUUUUCUGAGGAGGAGAAAGGGUGGUGGAAUCAAGCUGAGCCACACAGUGACUCUGGCAGAGGGGCUGAACUCUAAGCCUUCCUCCAAGGGGACACAGAAGUUCUGAGACUUGUGCAGAAGCCACACAGGCAGCAGGAUGAACAAAGUCAACACUUUGUACUUUGCUUGGGACAUAGUCUUACGUAGUCCCAGCUGGUGUUGACCUGCCAAUCCUCUUAUCUCUGCCUCCUGAUGCUGAAAUUCUAGGCCUGUGCCACUAGGCUGGACUAGAGCAAUGAUUUUCACAAUAAGUCUUCAAAUUACCAGUCUGUAAGCAUUUAAAGACUAGGUCUUGAAUGAGAGGGGUGGAGAGGAAAUAGUACACAAGUGCGAGAACCCAAGCCAGGGAGGAAAGAGCCUCAGGCUCGCUACCCAGGUGGCCAACGUCUCCUGGGAGGGGUGCUCAGGACCCCUGAGUUCGGAAUGGGGCUUGAGGGCCAGAAUGGAAACAACCAGAAUGGGACAGACUGAGCUGGGUACUGGCCAACGGUCUUGCCAGCACAGUAGUAGCCUGUGUGUUGAGGCCUUUCUUGAGAAUCCCCAAACACUGUGGGUUCUGCUCCUCCAGGGAGCUUCUGCUGGCCCUUACCCCUUCCUUGCACAGGCAGCAGCCUACAGAUCCUUCCUAGGAACUCCAGGAAAAUGAGGCAGGGACCAGGAGGACAGAGCCUGCAGAGGCUCAGCUGGCAGUCUGCACUCGCCCACCCAGCUGCACUCCCAGGGCUCAGAAACCUGACAUUGCCCCUGGAUGCCUGCUACUCUCUGACAGGCUCACACCCACCAUGGGGCCCAGGAGCUCCAUCCUUCAAGUGGGGACUGUUGUGUGCCUGCCUGGCUGUGAACCUCAACCCAGCCAUUUGAAUUCCAGAGCCUCUUUCCUCUGGGGAGCCCAGAGCACUAGGAAGCACAGGGGAAAGGGAACCCACAGGCCUGGGGGAGGCAGCAGCUCCAGGACUGGAGGUGGCUCUGCAGCCCCACCCUGAGACCCCAGAAAGCUCACUACACAGCAGCUGGGGAUGCAGGGCCAGAAGCAUCUCCCCCAUCAAUGAGAAAACACAGGGUCUCUGUGGGAAAGCUGCAAGUCCCCAUUACUGAAGAAAGGGUUGCCAGGCAAGUAGCUUUCUGAAGCAGAGAAUGUUUUCCAGAGGAAGAAAGAGGCUAAAUUUCUCUCUGAGUUCUGCUUUAUAUUCUCAGGGACCAGGGUUCCCUCCUAUAAAAAUAGGAGGGCUCUCCCAGAUGAUCCAGUAACACCACAUCCAUCUCCUCCUCUCCCCCCACUGCCCCACAAAAACUGGCUCUGACACUCCAGUGACAAAGCCCUGGGUGAGCAAGGCAGCCCCUCCUUAAGCUAUGUACAGAAGUCUGGGCCCGAGGCCAUAGGUCAACAAGGUCCAACCUAUGGACUGUUGGUUAUCGCCAACUCACUGCCCUUGGCCCUGGCAAUGGGAGCCAUCUGAGGGAGGAAAGGCCCAGCCCUGUGCCUCUGAGACAGGCUUCCGGCCUGCAUUGUGAUGACCUCAUCCACUCUAUGACAUCACCCUCUCUCCCGCCCCCACUCCCCUCUGGUCACCCGCUCCCUGCAAGCAACCAUCAAUCUGAAUCGCCAGGCCCCAGAAAUUCUGUUCUCUGGUAGCUGCUGCCGAUCUUCUGGCCCAGCCAGCCAGAAGCACCAUGAAAUUGGAGUUCACUGAGAAAAACUACAACAGCUUUGUGCUACAGAGCCUGAACAAACAGCGGAAACGACGGGAGUGCUGGGACAUGGCCCUGACCGUGGACAACCACGUCUUCUUUGCACACCGCAACGUGCUGGCCGCCGUCUCCCCGCUGGUGCAGAACCUCCUGCCCAGCAACAACGUGAAGACCUCCGACGAGCUCUUCAUCUCCAUCGACCCCAACUACCUGAGUGCGGCCACGGUGGAGCAGCUCCUGGACUACUUCUACAGCGGCAAGGUGGUGAUCUCGGAGCAGAACGUGGAGGAGCUGCUGCGGGGCGCCCAGUACUUCAACACCCCGCACCUCCGCGUGCACUGCACCGACUUCCUGAUCAAGUCCAUCCGCCGGGCCAACUGCUUGCGCUACCUCUUCCUGGCCGAGCUGUUCGAGCUCAAAGAGGUGUCGGACCUGGCCUACUCGGGCAUCCGGGACAACUUCCACUACUGGGCGGGCCCCGAGGGCUCGGCGCACUUCCUGCACUGCCCGCCGGUCAUCUUCGGCCGCCUGCUGCGCGACGAGAACCUGCACGUGCUCAACGAGGACCAGGCGCUCAGCGCGCUGCUCAACUGGGUGUCCUUCCGCAGGGAGGAGCGUGAGAAGUACUUCAAGAAGUUCUUCAGCUACAUCAACCUCAACGCGGUCACCAACAAGACGCUGGCCUUCACCAGGAACAAGCUGGUGGGCAUGGAGAGCAACUCGUGCCACCUCACCCUCAUCGAGAGCGUCCUGGGCGACCGCAAGCAGGAGCGGCCCUGCAGCCUGCUGGGCUACCAGCGCAAGGGCUCCCUGCUGGACUCCGUGGUCAUCCUCGGCGGCCAGAAGGCCCAGGGCAAGUUCAACGACGGCGUGUUCGCCUACAUCAUCCAGGAGAACCUGUGGCUGAAGCUGUCCGAGAUGCCUUACCGGGCAGCGGCGCUCAGCGCCACCUCCGCGGGGCGCUACAUCUACGUCUCGGGGGGCACCACGGAACAGAUCUCAGGCCUGAAGACGGCGUGGCGCUACGACAUGGACGACAACUCCUGGACCAACUUGCCCGACCUGCCCAUCGGGCUGGUCUUCCACACCAUGGUGACCUGCGGGGGCUCGGUGUACUCGGUGGGCGGGAGCAUCGCCCCCAGGCGCUACGUGUCCAACAUCUACCGCUAUGACGAGCGCAAGGAGGCCUGGUCCCUGGCGGGCAAGAUGAGCAUCCCCAUGGACGGCACCGCGGUCAUCACCAAGGGCGACCGGAAGCUCUACAUCGUCACCGGCCGCUGCCUGGUCAAGGGCUACAUCUCGCGUGUCGGGGUGGUGGACUGCUUCGACACCAGCACCGGGGAGGUGGUCCAGUGCAUCACCUUCCCCAUCGAGUUCAACCACCGGCCCCUGCUGUCCUUCCAUCAGGAAAACAUCCUCUGCGUGCACAGCCACCGGCAGAGCGUGGAGAUCAACCUGCAGAAGAUAAAGGCCAACAAGACCACCGCCUCCGUGCCUCUCUUGCCCAACGACUGUCCCCUGGAUGUGUCCCAUGCCAUAUGCUCCAUCGGAGACGACAAAGUGUUUGUCUGUGGAGGUGUCACCACAACCAGCAACAUCCAGACGAAGGACUACACCAUCAACCCCAAUGCCUACCUGCUCGACCAAAAGACAGGCCAGUGGCAGACCCUGGCCUCCCCGCCCGAGGCGCUGGACUGUCCUGCCUGCUGUCUAGUCAAGCUGCCUUGCAAGAUUCUUCAAAGGAUUUAAACAACUUUCUAAGAGGGAGAAUAAGUAAA